CUGAUUCUGUCUGAACGUAAAAUAAACUUGGUAUGUUGGUUUGAAUCUCUGUUGUGCUGCUUGUUCCUUCGCGCACGGAACGGACGGGCUGACGCCCCGAGGUUGUGGGAACUUAGGUUUCCACAACUGGCGCCCAACGUUUGGGGUCCGAGCUCGUCUGUUCCGUGCCGGGGAACACGCGGCACGGUUAGUAGUGUAUAGUAGUUGUUGUAGUUUGCAGUUGUUGCGGUUAGUUUUCUGGGUGUGUGUUCUUGCGUGUGUUUUUUUUUGUUUGUUUUUGAGUUUUUCAGCUCCCACCCGGUGGACGAGCCCUCGGAGCUGAUGGCUCACAAGGCGAAGGUGCCCGCGCCGCAGUCAGACGCCAUCGCAACGGCAGAACUCCUGUCACGCAUGACGGAGUUGUGCUCGUUGGUGGUUCAACGCCUGGAUGCCGGGUUACACCGAUAAGAAGUCCGUUGCCGAUUUCCUGGAUGACCUCACCGCCUAUCAGACGGGUAUGGGAAUUUCGGACGAAGUCCUAGUCCAACGCAUCCUGCAGGUUGCUUUGGUCGGAGACGCCGCCCGCUGGCUUCGGUUGCAAUCGGAGUUUACGUCCUUUCAGGACUUCCAGGAGCGGUUCAAAAACGAAUUUCUUCCCCCGGAUUACGAAUACCGUGUCCUAGAGGAAUUGCAUAAGCGUACUCAACAUCCUGAGGAAAGCUUAUCUGAAUUCGUUCGGGCAUUGCAGGAUCUGUACAGCAGAGCGGAUCCCACUGCUACGGAAGAGCAGCGCGUCGCACGGGCGAUCCGUCAGUGCCACCCGCGCUUCCAGCCCUACUUAAGAGCCCAUCGCUUUAAAACCCUUGAGGCGUUGGCCCAGGAGGCUCGUUCAAUACAAGGCGACCUCCUGGCAGAGCUUGAAUAUCGGCCCCCUCCGCCCCCGGAACUAGCGUUGGAACCGCGCUGCGCGUGGUCCGGAGGAGCCGCCUCGGUCGAACGCCUGCAUGCAACAGGUUUGGGUGACAACCCCCGUAAUUUAUACAAUGCGAAGUCAUCCCACCGAGCCCUAGAUCCCUUCCUCUAUGACCAGAGGACGAUCCCCGCAGGAACGAGCCUUGACAGACCCGUCCCGCCCCGAAGUCGCGGUCAACCUGGCCUUUCAGCUAGCGAAACCCCACGGCAGUGGGAGCGGCACCAUCCUGCGCCCCCGCAGCCACGAGCGCCCAACGGCUGUUGGAAUUGCGGCAGCCCUGACCAUUUUCGUCGGGAAUGCCCGCGACAAAGACCAAACACCAGUAAUGUGCCAUCGGGAAACGGUCGCAGCCGGCGUCCAUGAAUGCUCGCUCAACGACGUCGGCAAGUUGCGAAGAAAGCGAGCAGACGGUUACUAUCCGUGGCCUUCAUCAGUCAAAAACUAGCUUUGCAAGCGGUAAGGUAACGCAAAGAGAUGCUUUGGCUCCUCUUGCUUUUUCUGUCCGAGAUUACAUCGAGGAUAAGGAACCAAACAUCGCCGUUCGAAUUUUGGGUAAAGAUUACAUCGCCCUUAUCGACACGGGAGCUACGCUUUCCCUUAUCGGGGAUAGUGUUUACGAACAUUGCAUAUCACGGCAUGUGGAAUUGCAAUCCACAGAUGUCACUCUUCGUCUUGCUUCCAAUGACGCCGUUCCAGCACAGGCAGCAGUUGUGCUCUGGGUACGUUUGGAUGGUAGACGACGAAAGCAGCGCUUCGUGCACCUUCCUGGCCUGGCAGUCCCUGUUAUCCUGGGCAGAGACUUCAUCAUCCGGCAGAAGUUUGUGCUGGACCUGCCCAAUGGAGGAUACGUGUACCACGGCUCGUCGGGAUUUUUCCGCUUCGCCGCAGCACAGGAACACUGCACAGCACAGCAAGCUGUGGCAGCGUCCGUUGAAACGUCUGGGCUGCCGACUGUCUUGGGGUCAUUCCAUGGUCCCGAGGAGCAACGCCGUCAGCUUGAACAAGUACUGCGGCAGUUUGACGGAAUCUUUACAGAAAAACCGGGUAAGUCGUCCGUGUUACAGCAUAGCAUAGACACCGGUAACGCUAGACCCUGGCGUUGUAAUCCGAGACCAUUGAGUGUGCAUAAGCGUGCUUUAUUAGACGCUGCUCUUGACGAAAUGCUCCAAACCGGUGCAGUUCAAAGGUCUCAGAGCCCUUGGGCAUUUCCUGUUGUUCUGGCUCCGAAACGUGAUGGUACGGCUAGGUUAUGCGUCGACUACCGUCGACUCAACGCAGUAACUGUAAGGGAUUCUUACCCAUUCCCGUCCAUUGAGUCAAUCUUGUAUUCCCUGGGCAACGCAACUGUGUUUUCAACGCUUGAUUGUAGCAGAGGAUUUUUGCAAAUCCAAGUUGCCCCGGAGGAUGUCCCAAAAACAGCCUUUACGUGUCAUAGAGGUUUGUUUGAAUUUGUACGAAUGCCUUUCGGACUGUCUAAUUCACCCGCCAGUUUCCAGCGGUUGGUGGAUACAGUGUUGGGAAAUGCGAAGUACAAUUUCGCAAUGGCAUACAUGGAUGAUGUCGUAGUGUUUUCUAGAAAUUUUCAGGAACACUUGGAACACCUGUCAAUCGUCCUUGCAAGGAUCAACGAAGCGGGCAUAACGAUCAACCCCCGCAAGGUGCAGCUGGCAUCGUCUAGGAUCGGCCUUCUCGGCUUUGUGGUGGACGGAGGGACCAUCCGUCCUAACGACGACAAGCUAAAGGCGAUCACGGACUUUCCGGUUCCCGGUAACGUCAAAGCCUUGCAGCGCUUCCUAGGUAUGGUCGGUUUUUACAGACAAUUCAUUCCGAAUUGUGCCGAGCUAGCGCAGCCGCUUAACUAGUUGUUGCGCAAGGACACGCGCUGGAAUUGGGGAGAAGAGCAGGAACGAUCAUUUCGAGCUCUAUCACAAGCAAUCGCUGAUACGGCUAAGCUUUAUCUGCCCGACCUUAACAGACCAUUUGUUGUGCAAACAGAUGCAAGCGAUUAUGGUGUUGGCGCAGUUCUCUUGCAGGAACAUGACGCUACUCUUUGUCCAGUGGCUUUUGCAAGUCGCACGCUGAAUCCGGCUGAACGGAACUACUCCGUGACGGAAAAGGAGUGCUUGGCGAUCAUCUUCGCUUUCAGGAAGUUCGACUUUUACCUGGACGGCAGUACCUUCACUGUUCAGACUGACCACCAGGCACUUUCUUGGCUGCAGCGGCUCCAUAACCCGUCUGGACGACUUGCCAGGUGGGCCCUGAUGCUACAAGGCUACUCCUUCAACGUGGAGUACAGGCGGGGCUCAACGAACGUCGUAGCAGACGCGCUGUCCCGUGCGCCUCUACCGGAGGGGGAAGAGGAAGGCACCGAGGCACCUUCUCAACUUCUGGCAGCAGCACAGGUGACACGAGACGUAUCUUCGUCUUGGGGCACGGUGGUGAGCAGAGAGCAGCUCCUAGACGCUCAGAGAGCGGACGGCCUUUGUCAGCGGGUGUCGCAGUGGGUAGCUGAGCAAGACUCGGCGGACACCGGAACGACCGACGGACGGCACGACUCCUAUCUGCUGGGCGAGGAUGGCAUCCUGUUCAGAUACAUACCCCAAGGCGGAUGAGGACGACUGCUCAUACCCGUUCAGAGUCGUGGUGCCACGGAAGUUGCGUAAGUCUUUCAUACGUUACUUUCAUGACUCGGCCUUGGCAGGUCACAGCAGCGGCAGGAAAACUCAUGAAAAGUUGUGUCGUGUUGCGACAUGGCCAGGAAUGAGGCAGGAUGUAACAAAGUAUGUUCGUACUUGUCCCGUAUGCCAGAGAGCGAAACCUCGUGGUGGUUUACCCCCUGGGCGCUUACAGCCUGUUCAGAGCAAUAGACCCUGGCAGAUAGUUGCUUGUGAUGUGAUGGGACCAUUUCCCCGUAGUCCUAGAGGUAACCAGUAUCUGUUCGUGGUUACUGAUCAUUUCACGAAAUGGGUUGAGCUGUUUCCUCUCAGGACACUCACUUCCCAGAGAGUGUGGGAAAAGUUACUCGACACCUUUUGCCGGUUCGGGUUUCCCGCACAGCUGAUCACCGACAACGCAACCUACUUUACAAGUAAGGUGUUCUCAGAUUCUUGCGCUGUCUUAGGCAUUCAGCAUAAGAAGACUUCCCGGUAUCACCCUCAGGCUAACAUUACCGAACGUGUUAAUCGGAACCUGAAAAUGAUGUUGGUUGCUUUUACUAGCCAGCACCACCGUGAUUGGGAUCUUCGCCUGGCUGAACUGGCGUUCGCUACGCGGACGACGGUCAACAGGUCUACAGGAUUCACCCCGGCGUUCCUGAACUUGGGACGAGAGCCCCCUUUUCCUGUGGAGAAUGCUCUGGGCCUCCGGGAUGGUGCUACCCGGCCUCCUUAUUCAAGGUUUCCUGAGGACCUCCGGAGUCGACUGGACGAUGCAGCCCGGACGGCUCGGGAGAACCUGGACGUCGCAAGG